UUCAGUUUCAGUCAGUUCAGUUCAGUAUGCGAUCGGUCCGUCCGCGUCCUCCGUAGUGUUGCUUUUUACGGGUUGUCUUUUGAAAUUCAUCGUCUGCGUCUCUUGUCUGGCUGAGACUGACUGUUUAGUUCGUUGUUCUGUUCUUCACCCUAUUCGUGGUUUGUUUUGUCAUUUCUCCUCCGUGUUUUAACUAGCCUAUUCAGCUAUGGAGGUGGAGGAGAAAUUCUCAGAUUCGAUUCAGUUUGUUUUAGUGCCAAAAAGAGAACCUACUGAUGAAGAAUGUGUCAAAAACGCUAAGAACAGUUUGCCUCCACAGGAAGAACCCACCAACAAUGAAGAUCACAGGGAACCUACUACAGAGAAAGUCAAGGAAGAAAAUCAACAUAAAUCUCAAGAUUUUAACGUCUUGGUGGAUGGUCUUCUGAAAGACAGUGCAAAGCCUAACGGUGAUGUGAAAGUCAAAUCUGAGCAGGACACAGAGGAACCUGAAGAAAAUAAUCAAAACUCAGUAGAACCUCGGGAUGCUGAGCCCAAUACAUCCAAUGCUGAGCCUAAUCCAUCCGAUGCUGAGCCUAAUCCAUCUGAUGCUGAGCCUAAUCCAUCUGACGCUGAGGCUCCAUCCGACAAUGAGAUUUCUACUCAAGAGACUGUUGAAUCUGAAAGUGACAGUAGCGAGAGUCAUUCUCCAAAGAGAAAAAGAAGAAAUACCACAAGUAAGACCUCGACAGUAGUAGCAGCCACAUCAAAUGAGAUCCAAACACUAUCUUCAGAUUCAGACUCAGAAGAGGAUGAAGAUACCUCUGCUCCAAUACCUGGAGAAGUAUGCACAGGAAUUCAAGACGGUAUUUUGUGUCAAUGUGAAAGAUGUAAAAUGUGUGUGAAGAGAAUUGAACAUUCUAAUGAUAAAGAUGACACAAGUAAAGACAGCCAUAAACCAUUUGCUUGUAACAUUUGUAAUCUAAGAUUUUUUUUAAAGUGCAGGUUGGAAAAACAUUUAAAGGUUCACAAAGGACUUAAGUUAUUUCCAUGUGAUAUCUGCAAUAAAGCAUUUACACAAAAAGGUAGCCUCCAAGGUCAUAUGGAAACACAACAUUCAGCAAACAAACCGAAAAGAGCGCAUAAAAAAGACAUUUGUAAUAUUUGUAAGAAAGCAAUUUCUGUUCAACACCUUAAAAACCAUAUUGAAACAGUCCAUUUUCGUAAAAUUGAAAGUCUUCUAUUUAGAUGUAAAGAUUGUGGAAAGGGUUUUAAUCAGAAAAAAAACCUUAAAAGACAUACGGAUUCAGUCCAUUCAAGAGAAGAUCAAUACAAAUGUGCUGAAUGUCAUAAAGUUUUUAAUCACAAAGACCGACUUAAACAACACAUUCAAACAUCACAUCAACAAAGAGAAGAAUACAUAUGUGCACUAUGUGAUCGUACUUAUUAUCUUAAAAGUAGUUUAAUUGUACAUAUAAAUAAACACUAUGGAACAACUGUAUGCUGUGAAAUUUGUGGUAAAGCAUUUAAAAAUGAAUUAAAACUGAAAACACACAUGAUUGUACACAAUGAUGAUCAUAAGUUUUCCUGCCCAAUUUGUGGAAAAUUGUUUAAACGAUUAUGUAAUUUGCAGCAGCAUGAGAAUACACAUAAAGAUAGCAGACCUCAUGUCUGUAAUAUAUGUGGUCAAACGUUCAAACUAAGAACCCAUGUCAAACAACACAUGGCUGUCCAUGGAAUCACCAGGAAUCACAAGUGUGUUGUCUGUGAGAAGACUUUUGCCAGGAAAACCCAACUGACCACUCAUCUGUCAACUCAUGGAUUGUGAUGUAAGGUUCAUAUAUUUUCAGAUGUUAAAAUAUCUCACAAUAUAAUCUCCACAAUGUAAUUGUAAUUUGCAUAUUUGAUAAUUUUGUCAGUAGCACACUCUUUGACUUGUUCAUUCAGCUUUGUUUUUUUUUUUUUAUUUAUUAGAAAACCUGCACAAUAUAGAUGAAAAAUACUCCCAUGGAUGAAGUAGAUAUCCUGAUCUAGUAGAUUUCUCAUCCUUAAGGAACAGCUAAUUUUAUUGUUAGUUCUGGGUGCACUGUAGAGAUUGUUUUUGUUUACAAUUUCUUUCUUGUUAUUUCAGUUAUUUAAAACCUAGAUAAACCAAAUAAAACGAUCUAAUCAUAAAAUAUAAAUCAUCCCUUGAACAUAUAACCAAAAACAGUAGUACAAAUUAUGAAAUUAUACUAAAAUAAUACUGUAGAACCUCGCUAAUUCAAAUAUCAGAAGAAAGACAAUAUUUUUGGACUUUGGGAAGUUUGAGACGUGGAAAGUUUGAUUUAUAGAGGUCAGAUAAAUAAAAUUUGAAUUAUGGAGGGCCCAGUUUUAAGUGUAGAGAGUUUGAGAGAACAGAGACUAAUGAACACAUCGUGGGAACAUCAAUAAGAUUGUCAGUUCAUGUUUCAACAUGCACAUUUUUUAGGCUUACGGUAAUGCAACUCGUAUUGUAGAGGUUGACUUAAAAUUUUGGAGGUAACAGUUUGAUUUAUGGCAACAAAAUUCAAAUGGUAGAGGCUCGAGUACGUGCAAAUUCAAAUUGUAGAUGAAGCUGCAUUAAGCGUAAAAAUCACUUUGAAUUAUUGGUAUAUUAUAUUUUUAAUUUUAGAGGAUUUCUGAGGGGAAAGGACAAACAUUUCUAAUUUUGGAGGUUUUUGAAUUAUCGAGGUUCAUAUUAGUAAGAUUCUACUGUAGAAACAAAACUUUGUCAACACCAGCGAUCAGUGUCACCGGACAUGACGUAAACUAGAAACAAAAAAGAGCAUC